AUGUCGCCCACCAAGGAUCCCAGAAGAACUGACUUGAUUGUCCCCUACCAAGAGCCUAAGAGCUCGAGCGAGUCUUCCGAUAUCUCCUCCACGAUGUCCACCACCCUGCCAAUGGCCGCUAUGUUCACGCGCAACAAGCUUGUGGGAUGGGCUUCUGUUGUCUUUUCCAUCCAGAGCUGGCUGGGAGAGAGCGAGGAUUCCAAGAAGAACUCUACCACUCCUGGAUACUUCUCCGUUGGCAUGUCGAUCAUGGCUCUUGCUGUUACCUACCUCCCCAUGUUCUUGCCUCCAGUCGGCGGUAAGCAGGCUUCUGGUACCGAGGCUCCUGCUCCUGUUCCCCUGGCAUAA